AGUAAUCAAAUAACGCGUUAAAAAGUAUUAAACAACGUUAGAUGGAGUUUUAAAUUACGAAUCAAUUUUCCAACGAAAGAGUAGCAUUACAUCUCAAUAUAGAAAAUGCGAGCAUAAGGAGCAAUACAAUGAUAAAAGGUUUGAAACUACGAGGUGAUUUUUAAGUAAUUAAAAUUGGUUCAAGAUAAUUUACACGGUACUAUCGGCGUGAUGAUAAACGCGAGGUGUUCAUGUAAUCUUCAGAUGCAAUAAAAAAUGAUGAUGCGAUUCGAGAGAAUUAUUUGCCAAAAAGAUACACGAUGUUACGAUAAAAAAAGAUAUAUAAGAUAGCGAAGAAUUCAUAGCUCGGUGCUUUUUUUUCGGACUACAAAUACGGAAUUAGGAUGUAUCUAUCGCGUGGGAUAGAGGAAUAAGAAUGUCGUAUUCAAUGAAAUUAUGAACAGGUAGCUAGUUGAGUCAAAACUUGAUGGUAAUAAAUCAUUAGAUGAGAAUCAAAUUCAGGACGUAAAUAAUUAAAGAAUGUAGAAUCGGUCGCAUGGAUCGUUCAUAUUCGUGAAGCGCCGAAAUAAAGCAGGUUCGGCGGAACACAAAAUUAGCCGUAUCGGUAGCGACUGGUUAUAAAGUCGUUUCGAUCGCUACGAAUUUUAUUUGAGCCAUAUAAGUUUUGAAAGUCAUGACGCAACAUUUAUUUUGAAACUUGAAAGUUAUCGAACCUGAAUCAAGAUAUUCCAAGACUUUUAAACACUUGAAACUUUUUAAGAUUUUCAAAAUGUUUAAGAGCUUCGAGCUUUUUAGGACAUGUAGAGUUCAUAUAAAAUGCAACGUAAUUGAAAGUUGCAGGAAUGUUUGAAUCGGUUGGUUUGUUGCAAGAGGGAGUUAUCCAUCGGUACGCAUCGGCGAUCGCGGCAGGCAAGAGGCAAAAUGCUCGAUGGAUGGACGGGCCAGCCGUCACGAAGCGGUCCGACGUUCCCGUACCAAACGAGAUUAAUAGAGAUCCGCCUGUCAGCCGGACGCCUCUCCGUCUGAGCGAGAUUCAGCGGCAUCCAGACGGCCAGUCUUCUCGCAGAUCGCAACCUGCGUGGGCAACAACCGAUCGUGAUCGAUCGCACGGGUGCGUCUCUCUCUCUGGACUACCGCUUUGCAUGUCGACGAUCGGUGACAAAAAUUCAGACGACGAGGACAGGGUACAUGGCGAAGAAGUCCGGCAACAUGUGUGCUGUGCUAGACACGAGAAGAUGAUCGACGUUGGAUAUGGUAUAUCGGGGGAAGUUAUCCAGAUCGAUGCAGGCCAUUGUCGUAAAUUGUGUCCGCGACACGUUUUGGACGAUCCUGGGGAUGCGAGUCGACCCGCGGUACAGAAAUGCUUCCUGGAGUCACACUGCCGUCCUAGAGCCGUGAAGUUAGAAAGAGUAUCCACGAUUCAAGGUGUCCGCGUUAUCGAAGUUAUAGAGGCUUGCGAAUGUACAGCAGAUACUUCCUGCAGACGCGAAUCCUUCACUCAUCUUGUACAUUCCGGCACUCCUCAUCAAGCGGUGAUGGAUGUCGGUAUAUGCAUGGGUCAUUGUGCUAAAGAUCUCGGAUGUAAACCAGUGAGGAACGGGACGGUCAGUAUCAAAGGACCAAACGGGGAUGAAGUGUAUCAGGUGAUAGAGAAAUGUGGUUGCGCUGGGACCUGCCACAAAAUGGAUCACAUGGAGACCGUGUUAGAUUUUAGCGAAGUGGAGAUUAAGGACGGUACAAAUACGACGGAUGUUAGGCCGGUUAUUCGGCAAAUUAACGUCGGGCAGUGCGUCGGAACGUGUCCAGGAAACGAGACGGAAAUGUGCUUGUUACGAGACAAAAAGGAACCGUCCAGGUGCUUGGCUGGCUUGUACACGAAGCAACAUACCUGCACACCGGCGAGAUUCAAAGUUCACGAGUACAGGACUCGUCGAGGAUCGAAGAGGGAGAUUAUACAAAUCACUCAAUGCGCCUGUGUUUGAACAGGUCAGAGAGGUCUGUCGUCAAAUCGAGCAGAUCAGUGGACACAGACCGAGGAGGAAUUUAAAGUAUUUUAUGCGUCGCGUAAACAUAAAGUACCCAAGUGUUUCGAUGUUCCUACAUACACCGUGUAUUGGUAUGACAAAUAAACGUACGAUGUCUUUUUA